CCAUAUAAUUGGUCGUUUGGUUAAGGCUUUCAUUCCUCUGUUCUUGCCACUAUUUUACCCUGCCUGCAGAGACUCGGCACUAUAAAUCUCAGGUUUGUGCUGUUUGCUUUUUGAAUAUCUAUAAAUGAAUUCUAUACCAUCUGGAUAAUUUCUGUUAGUUAUAUAAUCAUAAAAAAGAUUGCUGUUAGGAAAAAUGGCAUGCUGUCUGCCAAUGGGAAGGCCCCUGUAUUUUAAAUAUCAUCAUAAUUUAGUGUAAGAGAGCAUGGUUGUAGCAUCAAUUUUGGAUUUAGCCAUGGUACUAUUUUUUUGUUUGAAACUCCUCUUCUAUGGGGUUCAGUUAGCUGCUCAAUAUCUUUCUGCAUGCACAUGUGUUUUGGCAGUUGAAUCUAUUAUGCGGUCCUUGAAAUUGGACUGAAUGCUUCCAAGAGCUUUGACUCACAAUUGUAUGUUAAUCUCUCUGAAGUUCAUAAUACUUUCACUAAAUGAUUCAUAUUUAUUUCACGUAUCUAAUUCCCCCUGGUCCUCUUUUCCAUCUCUUAGCUUCAGCUGGAAUCUGUCUCAUUGGCGGAUCUACAUUAACCAUCUGUUGUUUUGUUUGGAGGCAAUGGAAGUGGGCAAGCUUCAGGCUUCAUGUUUUAUGUUAUGUUUUACAACAUGUCAAUUGGGCCGUGACGGUUUUCAAUUGAAAUGGGGUGCCAAAUUUGAGCCGAGAAUUCAGAUAAGGUUUUCAGAGGAUUAUAAAAUUAAAGACGAGAUGGUUCUGUCAGGUGAUGCUUUACAUGUAGAAUAGCUCCGACCUUAACAAAUUCGUGAUCAAUUUGUAUCUUCAAUACACUAAACAUGGCCCAAAGGUCAUUAACGUGUAACUAUUGCUGAUUGUUUUCAGCCACUUGAGAGCAUCU